AUGACCCUCCAAUGUGACAACGCCAAAGGACUGAGGGCCUUUUUCGAUGCCAUAUGCUACGGCCCCAAACACCUGAUGAUCUUCGGCGGGGUCUGCCCCUCUGUCACGUCCAUCAUCGCAGAGUCCUUGGAGGGUUGGAACCUGGUGCAGCUGUCCUUUGCCGCAACAACUCCGGUUCUGGCAGACAAGAAAAAGUACCCCAACUUCUUCCGCACCGUCCCGUCCGACAACGCCGUGAACCCAGCUGUGGUUAAGUUUCUCAACCACUACAACUGGACCCGUGUGGGGACCCUCACACAGGACGUUCAGAGGUUCUCAGAGGUGAGGAAUGAUCUGACCAAUGAGCUGGAGAAAGCAGACAUUCAGAUUGCAGACACAGAAAGCUUCUCCAAUGAUCCCUGUGUCAACGUCAAAAAACUCAAGGACAACGAUGUGAGAAUCAUCAUUGGUCAGUUUGAUGAGAACUUGGCCUCCCAAGUCUUCUGUUGUGCGUAUAACUUGAACAUGUUUGGUAGUAAAUACCAGUGGAUCAUCCCAGGCUGGUACCAACACAAGUGGUGGGAGCAGGCUAACACCACCAACUGCACGGUCAAGAAGCUUCUCACUGCCAUGGAAGGAUACAUCAGCGUGGACUUCGAGCCCCUCAGUUCUCGACCAGUCAAGGGGAUCUCUGGCAGGACCCCACAGGAGUAUGAGAUGGAGUAUACCAGAGAGCUUCGGCAGAAAGGUGUGGAGGCAAGCAAGUUUCACGGCUUCGCCUACGAUGGGAUCUGGGUAAUUGCUAAGACCUUGACCCGAGUUAUGGAGCUGCUGCGGAUAAAACAAAGGCAGAACAUCUACCACAACUUCACAGUCGAUGAUCGAGAAGUAGGAAAAAUGGUUCUGAAUGUCAUGAACGAGACGAACUUCAAUGGAGUGACGGGUCAAGUCAUGUUUCGUAACGGAGAGAGGAUGGGCACAAUAAAGUUCAACCAGUUUCAAGAUGGUCAAGAAUUGAAAGUGGGCGAGUACAAUGCAAUUGCUGACGUGCUGGACCUCAACAACACAGUCAAGUUCCAAGGCGUGGAGCCUCCGAAGGAUCGUACGUUUGUACGUCAUCAGCGGCGCCACAUCAACGUGCCACUCUACAGCAUCCUGUCCACCAUAACCAUACUGGGCAUGUUCAUGGCUGGAGCCUUCCUGUUCUUCAACAUCAAGAAUCGAAACCAUAGACUGAUCAAGAUGUCCAGCCCCUACAUGAACAACUUGAUCAUCUUAGGAGGCAUGCUGUCCUACGCCUCCAUCUUCCUGUUUGGUCUGGAUGGAGGUUUUGUUUCUGACAAGGAGUUUGAGACCCUUUGCACUGUUCGGACAUGGAUUCUCAUUGUUGGAUACACAACAGCGUUUGGCGCCAUGUUUGCCAAGACCUGGAGAGUGCAUGCCAUCUUUAAAAAUGUCAAGAUGAAGAAGAAGAUCAUAAAGGACCAGAAGCUGUUGAUCAUCGUUGGAGGGAUGCUGCUCAUCGACUUGUGCAUUCUCAUCUGCUGGCAGAUUGUGGACCCUCUCAGGAGGACCGUGGAGGAAUACAGCUUGGAGCCAGACCCACAAGGCCGGGACAUCGCCAUCCGUCCCUUCUUGGAGCACUGUGAGAACACCCACAUGACCAUUUGGCUUGGCAUCGUCUAUGCCUACAAGGGACUGCUGAUGUUGUUUGGUUGUUUUCUGGCAUGGGAGACCAGGAACGUGAGCAUCCCUGCUCUCAAUGACAGCAAAUACAUCGGCAUGAGUGUGUACAAUGUUGGCAUCAUGUGCAUUAUCGGCGCUGCAGUGUCUUUUCUGACCAGGGAUCAGCCCAAUGUCCAGUUCUGCAUCGUAGCUUUGGUUAUCAUCUUUUGUAGCACCAUCACCCUCUGUCUGGUCUUUGUUCCCAAGUUAAUCACCAUGAGAACAAAUCCAGAUGCAGCCACCCAGAACCGAAGGCUAAAGUUCACGCAAAAUCAGAAGAAGGAAGACUCCAAGACCUCAACUUCAGUCACCAGUGUGAACCAGGCCAACACUUCCAGACUGGAUGGUCUUCAAACUGACAACCACCGUCUUCGCAUGAGGAUAACUGAGUUGGACAAGGAGCUGGAGGAAGUGACCAUGCAGCUGCAGGACACCCCAGAGAAAACUCCCUACAUUAAACAGAACCAUUACCCAGAUGCCAAUAACAUCCUCAGCAUACGCAACUUCACAGAUGGGAAAGACGGAGAAAAAUCGAUAUUGAAAAACCACCUGGAGCAGAAACCACAAGCACAGUGGGGCUCCAUGGAUCCCUCCAGAAUAAGCAGAGGUCCCCUGGAGGAUAUCAACUCACCUGAACACAUACAGCGCCGACUGUCUUUGCAGCUUCCCAUCCUGCACCAUGCGUACUUACCUUCCAUAGGAGGGGUUGAUGCCAGCUGCACCAGCCCGAAUGGAAGCCCUGGUUCCAGCCCGAGGCAUAGACACAUUCCCCCCUCCUACCGCGUAAUGGUCUCAGGCCUGUGAGCUUUGUUCACUCUCCCACCUGGUUCUGUGCAGAGAAGACACAAAUGGUUCCUUUUUUCUACAACAGACAGACUGAUAUCAUCAGCGUAAGUGCGUAUUUUGGACUGGACAGAGUGAGGGGGAGGAAGGGACAAAGUUGUGCUCUUCAUACCUCUGCACCGCAGUCUAAUGAGAACUGAUCAUGUCAGUCAUGAAAUGGUGGUAGAAGACAGACGACCCUUAAAACUCCAGUGCUUAACAUCCUCGUGAUCAUCUUCCCCCUGCCUAGGCCUAUCCAUAUAUGCACAGUCAGACACAAACAACACAGAUACACACCAAUGCACAAACACAGUGACACCACAACAGCUGCGGUGGACCAGCCCUGAUCUGAUGUGUAGCCUUAUCUACUUCAGAGGGGAUUGUUUGUUUUUGUUGUUGUUUUUUUUUUUGUUCUGUUGUAUGUACUCUAUGUUAGCGGCUACAUCAAAGCUUGUCUAUCUUUAGCAUUUCACUGCUUCAGAGACUGGAUUUUGGUUUGGGAAGGGGGAAUUUGCAAGAUCCUACUAGACGGGAAGAAAUCUCUUUCCAACCGUGUGAGACAUGUAAAUAUCAUUGUUCCUGA